UCACAUUAAAAAUCUUCCGUGUGGUCAUCCGAGAGUUGUGUAUCACGCUGGAAACACGGACCCAACACUUAGUGUUAACUGAAGAGGGAUGUUGCAGCGUCCCAAACCAUCAGACUGUGAGGCAGACCUCCUGAGAGAGCAGGAGAAGUUUCUGGCCUCCGGUGAACCUGCCGCUGCCAAUGUGAUCCGCAGACCUGACAAGAGGAGAGGCGAGGCUGGAGGAGAAGAAGGAGGGGAACAUAACAGAGAGACUGAAGGAAGACAGAGGGAUGUCGUCACAAUAGAAGAUCUUCCUGACCAACUCCCGUCUCUGACGCCAGCCCCUCCUAAGAAGUCUCGAUUCAAAGCCGGUCAUGUUACUUUCGAGGAUGAGGAUGCUGGGGAGAGGCUGGACCAGCACGACAUGCAUGUCAGCGCUGUUCUCUCCAGAAUAGUUGAGAGGGACAUCAGCUCUACUCCAAUAUCUCUACCAGAUUUUACAGGCAUGGCUUUCCCUAAAGCAAUGCACCGUUCAGAGACCAGCAGUCAGGCGCCACCGUCUUCCACUGUUGGAAAGAGGAGUAUCUUUGCACGUCAGAUAGCAGCUCAGAGACUAAAGGAAGGAAAGACACCGUUACAUUGUGCACCUGAAGCUGCUCACACACCUGAGCACAGAGAGCAGAACCUGCCACCUGAGACCAACAUGGAUACAGAUGAUCAGCCAACUGCAGUUUCAUGUCUCAGCCGGCUGUCUGGUCAGGGGCUCGGGGCCUCAGGUAGCUCAGGAGAACCGAUGAGGAUCCACAGGGAGAACCAAGCCAAGCUGCAGGCCAUGUCUCAGUCUGAGAUACUACAGGAGCAGAAGAAGCUCUUAUGUCAGCUCGAUCCUAGACUAGUGGACUUUGUUCGAUCUCGCAAAGCCCAGAGUGUCCCGUCCUCCGCCUCCGCAGCCAAACAACCCCGGGGCAAAAGCAGCCAGGAGGAUUUUCCUCUUGAAAAUAUGAGCGGACAGUCGGUCUCCUCUGGUGCUGCUGUGCCUUCUCAGAAACCCCGAGAAGUAGAGAUGGAAAGAGAGGAGGAGCAGCCACCGCCACCUGCAGCGACAGAGAUGGACCUGCUGCUGAAGCCUCAGAAAGAGUGGGUCCACAUGGAUAAGCUGGAGCCAGAGAAGCUGGAGUGGAUGAGAGACUUGCCUGCACCCAAAAGGAAAGGAACCAAGGAGGCCAUGCAGGCUCGGUUUGACUUUGCGGGGACCGUGGUUCCUUCCACUGAGGAUCUGCCCACACAUUCUUCACGACGGGCAGGUUACUCCCUGCAGGAACUAUUCCUGCUGUCUCGGAGUCAGCUCAUCCAGCAGAGGAGUCUGGCUCUCGGCACUCUGUCCAACAUCCUCUCAAAGGCACGUGUUGGGGAGUACUCGUCAGCCCUGAAGGGCAGGGUGGUGUCCACUCUGCUCGACGCCGGCCUGCUCUUCCUGCUCCGCUUCGCACUGGACGACGGCGUGGAGGGAGUCAUGUCUGCCGCUGUGCAUGCACUGAAAGCCCUCCUUGUGUGUGAAGAAGAUGAAGAGUGUUUGGACUGCACCUUCUCUUGGUUUCGCGGCCUUGCCUCCUUCCCGCUGCUGCCGUCCGCUCAGGAGGAAGAGGAAGAAGAGGAGGAUGCUGGGCUGCCCGAAAAUAUGAAGUUUACGGCGAAGGAGAAGGAGGAGAGGAAGAGUGAUCAUGAUGUGGCCAGGCAGGAUGUGAUCAAGGGUCUGUUGAAGAUGAAACUGCUCCCCAGGCUGCGUUACAUCCUCGAGGUGUUCCGACCUUCUCCCCGAGUCGUCCAGGACGUCCUGCAGAUCUUGACCCGCAUCGCGAGGCACUCUUCCUCAUCUGCCACCCAGGUGCUCGAAUGUCCUCGCUUGAUGGAGACGGUGUUGUCGGAGUUCCUUCCGGCUUCCUGGACGGCGCCAUCUUCCUCCAGUCCUCAGUCUGUUUACGGACUCCCACUGGCCAGCGCCAUGAAGCUGUUGAGGGUGUUGGCCACCUCUGGCAGACACACCUGUGCCAGACUGUUAAACUCUCUGGGCGUGAAGGAGCGUCUGCCUUGCCUGCUGAGCACUGAGCCCGGUGAGCUGCUGCUGGAACCGAGCGAGGCCCUCAGGACCACCACCGAGGCCUACAGGCUGUGGGCCGUGGCGGCCGGCUAUGGACAGGCCUGCACACUAUACAUAGACUUGUAUCCAAGCUUAGCGAAGACCUUACAGUCGGUGCACACGGCCGUGGCCCUCUCCCAUCCUCUGGGGCCUCUGCAGCUCCAGCGGGUGCUGGCUCUGCUUUCUCUGCUCACGCAGGUCACACACACCGCUGGCUGCCACCGGGAGCUCCAGGCUGGCAUGGUCAGCUCUCAGGGGGAAGAGUGCCCUCCUCCUCCUCCAGUGUCUUGGGGUCAUGUCUCAGGGUUGCAGCCGUCCUUGUUGGCACAUUUGAGGGGCUUUGUGAAGAACCUGGAUAAUCCAGUUCAGAAAGACCUCAGCCUGGCUGUCAUACCAGCGUACUUGAUCUACCUAGAAGCGUACUACCAUCAGCUCUCCAGACAGAACUGUUUCAAGCCAGUGGAGACCCUUCAGGAACUGGAGCGGCUGGCGUCCGAGGUUCUCCUCCCCCUGCUGUCCCACCAUGUGGUUCAAGGCCUGAUGAAGAACCUAAAGUCUUCCUCAGUGGUGUGUAAUGCCGAGGCCAGUCAUCAGGACCCAGAAACCACUCCCAGCCUCCCUGGUCUGGCCUGCCCAGGGUGGAGGAGCCGUCCGGGGCCGGUUGCUCCGAGCUCCCCCUUCCCUCUUCUCACAGCCCUCGGGCUUCUCCUGGAAACCAUCACAGGCAUCCACAAAGGCCUCAGCUCCAAGUUCAACGGCCUCCUCCUGGCAGAACCUGUGAUUGGUUACCUGAGAGGUUGCAGUCAGGCGACGCCCACCCUGUCUCACACCAGAGCCUGGCUCGUCCGUCAUGAACACCACCUCCUCUACCUGCUUCUCCGGCUGGCACACAGACUGGUCUCCAUUGAGCCAGAAGUAGCCAAGCACGCCUCACUGUACCACCAGGUGGCGCUGGUUCUGCUACCAUGGUUGUUACCAGGCAGUGAAUACCUGGGGCACGAACUGCUCUCCACCAUCAUCUUCAACAAAGACUUCAUCUCAGAGGGCCACAGUGGAGGGCCUGAGGCUGUCGAGCUGGGCGAGCUGAGACUCCGAGAGGAAACGCACCACCAGCCCUCUCCCUCCCUGCAGACCGUCGGCGCUCUCCUGAGAGAAGCCUGCGUCCAGCUGCCGUCCAUCCGAGGCUGCUUCCUCACUCACCUGGCCCACCUGGAGGCCUCCGUUCUGACGUCCCGAGACGCUCUCCUCGGCCGCGGGCCCUGGAUCAGCGCCCACCUCCUCCCGGAGCUCACUGGUCCCACCGUGCCAUCCGAUUGGCCUUUCCUCCCACUUGUCAGCCUGUAUGAGCGGACGGGGCUGUCCGACGGCGGCGGCCUGGAGGUGGAAGCCCUCCCGCAUGGCGCUCUGCAGGCCGUGACCCACUGUCUGCAGUGGGUGCUGCUGCUGGAGGUCUGGAGGGAGGAGGCACUAAAGGUGAUCCUACCUGUCGCCAAACUGGCCCGCCUGUCCUGUGUGUUCCUGUGUUCCAGUGACCUGUUCAUGGAGAGGCCUGUUCAGAAACUGAUCUGGGGUCUGUUCAGACUGCUGACCAGGCGAUCCAAGCUGGACCCGCUGGACCUAGACGUCCCUCCUCCCGGUUUAGCUUCCUUCCAGGACCUGUACACGGCGCUCUUGUCCCAGUACGAAGCCGUGUCCUUCGGGGACCGGCUGUUCGGCUGCUGGGUGCUCUUACCCUUGCAGAGGAGGUACAGCGCCACCAUGAGGCUGGCUGUGUUUGGAGAACACGUGGGAAUGCUGAGGUCACUGGGGGUCACCCUGGCUCAGCUCUCCAUUCCUAUCGAGCGGUUCACCUCCCCCCCUGAAGACUCCCUCCCUCUCCUCCACCUCUACUUCCGCUCGUUGGUGACGGGGACCCUGAAGCCUCGCUGGUGUCCCGUCUUAUACGUGGUCACUUUGUCUCACGUCAACACUUUCAUCUUCUCUCAGGACGCGGCAGCGCAGGAGGUUGAAGCAGCUCGACACAGUAUGCUGAGGAAGAUUUACUACUUGACCGAUAAGGUGUUGAGGAGCCACCUGCUGCUCUUCCGUCUCCCACAACAGCACUCGGAGUCUGGCUUUGAUUUGUAUGAGCAACUGCCUCCAAUCAGGGAGAGACGUCUGGAGAGUGUCCUGAAACUGCAGGAAAGCAGGGAUGGCAAAGCAGAUUGAAAGCGGCAGGGAGCGGAGGAGGGACGAUACGGAGGGAGAGAGACGCGCAAAGAAGAUGCCGGAAAAGAAAGGACGCAAAGUGAGACAUUCAAAUUCUAAUAGAUUCUCGCCUUUUAUCUUAAAGGAAGCCCAACCUGAGAGAGAUUGGGCCAGGCCUUUGCUUCAAGCAUAAUUAAGUCUAAACUUGGACUGUCGGUGUGUAUGUAAUCUGCAAGUCUGUUAACAUUUUGGUUUUCUCAGGUCACUUAAACCUGAACAACAAGUCAACCCUAAGGUUAAAUACCAAAUGAAAAUGAAGUGCAGCUCGUAAACCUUUCCAGGGAGCAAACGGGAAGAAUCCAAAUCAAACAAAAGCAAGAGCCAAAAGGCGUCGGCUGCUGAGGCCUCGGCAUGAUGUUUGUCAACGCCGGUUGGACUCAGUCAAAUACGGCAAUUGGUAAUUUCCUUGUAACACCAGCACUUUUCCAAAGUUGGUGUCUGUGAAACAGUCCAGGAUAGUUGUUGGCAUCUCCGAGGAAAGACAAGUUCUUCUUUCCAAGAAAGUGUCUCGUGUGAAUUAAACUGCUUUUUUUUUAAGCGUC